AUGUCUCUACCGUUUUCGCUCUCCCAGGCGUUCCGCAGCCUUUCCUUAACCUCGAGACGCUCCUUUUCCACAACAUUGGCGCCCCAGAAGACAAAUACACUCCCUGAAUAUGUUCCUCCUUAUCCAUAUGGACCGAACCACCUCUACAAACAAUCGAAUAGUGGUCUAUAUGGGGGUGCUAUGAUUCGGUUCGGGAACAAGAUCUCCAAGGGAAAGAAUGAGGGCAAAACUCGACGGUCUUGGAAACCGAAUGUCCGUCGCAAGAAGAUCUGGAGUGAUGCGCUGAACAAAUUUCUUUUCAUCAAGGUUACGCGUCGGGUGCUGCGAACAAUAAGGAAAUCUGGUGGUCUUGACAACUACCUUCUGGAUGAUCGGCCCGGAAGAAUCAAGGAACUUGGUAUUUUUGGGUGGCAUCUUAGGUGGCAGGUUAUGCAGACGCCUAAAAUCCAAGAGCAAAUGCGACAGGAAAGGCAGCGCUUGGGUCUCCCCGAACCUCCGUCAUUCGAAGAGUGGCUGAAACAGAAAGAGGAGGAGAUUAAGGAGAAAGUGGAGGAGAACAUCAACAUCAAGGACAAGACAAAACCUUUCUACAACAAUAAACUGUAUUGA